GAAUUUCUCAAAAGCGAAGAACGUGGUCGGCUUUGCACAUAGAGAUCUAUUUCUGUGUCUGUGGUCACGGAUACGAAAUGCGACGCUUCAGUAUAAAGAAAUAUCAUGUGAUGCAAGUCCUCUUGCCUUGCAUUGGGUUGUUAUCUUGCAUGGCUUUGUUCUACUCGUUAUUCAUUGAUCAAGCCGAUUCAAACAUCGUGCUGCAGAGAAGAACGAUCAGACGAAAGAUCAGGGCUGGAAAGCCCGAUGGGAAAAGUACUAAGUUGAAAGACGAACAAACAAGCUAUACACUGCCAGGAUCUCUCGAGUUUUUUUGGACGAAAAGAUCUGGCAGUCAGCGAAAUAAAGAUUAUUCUCCUGGCUCUCAAACUACACACGCAAGUGGGCUGUCUGCAACGAAGUCAACCUCGAAACCUCCCGAUGAUACGUACUGGCCAGUAUUUAACUUCAGCGUUGUUAAGCCCGAAAUUCAACCUACGGGUAUCAACAAAAGCGAGUAUUUUCUACUAGUCGUCGUGAAUUCAGGAGCCGAUGCGAGAUAUUACCCCCGGCGACACGCUAUACGUAGGACAUGGGGUUCCCCCAGUCACGAUAGCUCAGAGAGGAAGUGGUGCGUGGUGUUUACAUUAGGGAAAACCCAAAACAAAACACUCAACGAGCUUGUCAUCAAAGAAGCCAAUACUUAUAAUGAUAUCCUAAUCGGGGAUUUCGAGGAUAUUUAUUUCAAUUUGCUUAUUAAAACUUUCAUGAGUCAUGUCUGGGCUGCCGAACAACGCUGCAGUUACAUCUUAAAAACAGACGACGACGUGUACGUGAAGGUUCCUAGUCUUAUUGCGUGGCUCGUGAGGACACGGCGACGGACGCGGUUUUACGGCGGCCAUGUUUACACGGGAUACAUAGUGGGGCGUGUAAAGGGACACAAAUGGAGUAUCAGUAAGAGAUACUAUGAACAACACAUCUUUCCACCUUUUUGUGCGGGCGCAUUUCACGUAGUGUCUGCCGAUGUGGUGGCCUUGAUGGUAAAUCAUACCAAGGUUCGUCGCCCGUUUCAUAUGGACGAUGCGUAUUUAGGUGUCGCUGCGAGUGAUUUGGGGAUCAAGGCGGUCAGGAUAUCUGGGUUUAACGCAUAUGUGGGGAAUACUGACAUUUGCGAAUCGUCUGAUUUAGAUUUGUUGUUAUCCGAGGUCGCGAUAGGGCACGGAAUUACGCCUGCAUGUAUGGAUAGAAUCCACAGGCUAACGCACACGUCAGAUAGCACGUCACGCAAGUGAGCCUUGCACACACACACACGUCAGAUAGCACGUCACGCACGUGAACCUUAAACACACACGUCAGAUAGCAUGUCACGAAAGUAAGCCUUGCACACACGUCAGAUAACACGUCACGCAAGUAAACCUUACAUAUACACUUUAGGUAGCACGUCACGCAAGUGAACCUUACAUAUACACUUUAGGUAGCACGUAACGCAAGUGAACCUUGCACAUACACGUCAGAUAGCACGUCACGCAAGUGAGAUGCACACGCGUCAGAUAACACGUCACGCAAG